GUAUCUUCUUAAACAUAAAAUGAAAUCUCUUGAAAGGGUAUUCACUAACCACUUGAAGUUUUUUUGUUUGAUAUUGGGGGGAGGUGGGAGGGAGGGGGUCGUAUUUCUAUUUGUCUCUCUGGCAAUAUUUUUCCCCCUUCUUCCCAGUGUUGACCAAAUGUGGCUUGUCCACUACUUUGGUGCUAUUUCAAGCUCUCUGACCCCCUUGGUAGCAGCUGAUGCCUUUGAAAUACUUUCACCAACUAAAGGGCAAGAUACCCUGCUUCCUUGAGGUCACGAUCUGUGCUUCAAACCAGAUCUUCUGUGCUUGAGUUGCUCCUGAAACUCUGUUUCCCAAAUGGCAACCCAAUAUGUUGCUUAAGGCCUGCCAAAUGGGGGUAACUUUUCUUUCCAAAUAUACUUUGUCAAAGUUGAUGUAUGUGUUCCUUUUUAAAGUGUUGAUCCAACUAUUUUGUAUUUUUAAAGUGUUUCUUUUUUUGAACAUUGUCUUUUUAAAAAAAAACUUCACAUAUGGGAUCGUUAUUUCUCUCCAAUGCUUUUUUAAUGGCUCUGAUAUAAAGUGAAGGGAUUACUGUUUUCAUUCUGUUGCCUUCAGUCUUAGUUCACUUGCACAUGGAUUCACAUAAACUGAAUGGUGUAAUGUCUGGGCAACCAAAACUGUUGGCUUUUGAGAAAACUGUCAAAUACUUUAACAUCAAACUGUUGCAAUGCAAGAUCAUUUCCAUGUCUUUGUUGGUGAUCUCAGUCCAGAAAUUACAACUGAAGAUAUAAAAGCUGCUUUUGCACCAUUUGGAAGAAUAUCAGUAUCUCUGAAGAAUGGACAGAAUUGCCCUGGCUAACUACAAGCUACGGUUCACAGUGGAUAAAUAGAUGCCAGAGUGGUAAAAGACAUGGCAACAGGAAAGUCUAAAGGAUAUGGCUUUGUCUCCUUUUUCAACAAAUGGGAUGCUGAAAACGCCAUUCAACAGAUGGGUGGCCAGUGGCUUGGUGGAAGACAAAUCAGAACUAACUGGGCAACCCGAAAGCCUCCAGCUCCAAAGAGUACAUAUGAGUCAAACACCAAACAGCUAUCAUAUGAUGAGGUUGUAAAUCAGUCUAGUCCAAGCAACUGUACUGUAUACUGUGGAGGUGUCACUUCUGGGCUGACAGAACAACUAAUGCGUCAGACUUUUUCACCAUUUGGGCAAAUAAUGGAAAUUCGAGUCUUUCCAGAUAAAGGAUAUUCAUUUGUUCGGUUCAAUUCCCAUGAAAGUGCAGCACAUGCAAUCGUUUCUGUUAAUGGAACUACCAUUGAAGGUCAUGUUGUGAAAUGCUAUUGGGGCAAAGAAACUCUUGAUAUGAUAAAUCCUGUGCAACAGCAGAAUCAAAUUGGAUAUCCACAAGCUUAUGGCCAGUGGGGCCAGUGGUAUGGAAAUGCACAACAAAUUGGGCAGUAUAUGCCUAAUGGUUGGCAGGUACCUGCAUAUGGAAUGUAUGGCCAGGCGUGGAAUCAGCAGGGAUUUAAUCAGACACAGUCUUCUGCACCGUGGAUGGGACCAAAUUACGGAGUGCAGCCACCUCCAGGACAGAAUGGCAGCAUGUUGCCUAAUCAGCCUGCAGGGUAUCGAGUGGCAGGGUAUGAAACCCAGUGAAAAAGGACUCCAUAAUCUAAAGCCAGUGGCUUGAGGCUACAGGGAGUGUAGUAAAGCCGUUGUUUACUUAAAGAUUUAUCAAAUCAGUCAGUGCAAAUGUCAGAUACAAUGUAUUUAUUUAAAAGAUUCAUUUUUUAAUCAUGAAAUUACUUAUCAUCCACAUUGUUUUAAAAAGAAACAAGAUGCUGGAUGUCUGCCAAUUUUUGCCUUCAUUACCUUUUUUGAUAAAGUUUCUCAGAUCCUUGUUUCAAAUACAAAUGCAGGGAUUGCUGCCACUUUUUUAAAAUUAAGAGGCAGAAAAUUGCACAAUGUUGAACUUUUUUCCACUAAAGUAGUGUGCAGUUCUAGUUUGCAUUCCUGAUAUGAUUUAAAACAUGUAAUAUAAAAAUGUUAAAAAUGAAGAACCAAAACUGUGCAAAGUCUAGAAGUUCUUUGUAAUCUUCAGCUUGCGCACAAUUCUGUUUUAGGGUUUUUUGUUUUUUGUUUUUUUAAAAGCAUUGUUUGAACUGUCCCAUCUCCACUGUUUCCCUUUGGGGUUUUAAAAUAUAAAUUAUUAGUUUACAUCAUUUUUGUAUCAUUUUUCACAAAUUUGUCUUGCCUUAUUAAAUUUCUGUAAAAUAUACUUAAAUGGAAAAAUGAUGUUCACUUAGAUUGAAAACUUUUCUCAGAUGGAUUGAUAAUUGCAUUCAAUUUGUGUUUUAUAUGAGAAGGUGCCUCAAGAAUUCCCUCUUGGAUUUGUUUAAAGGAUUUUUAUCUUCUGUGAUAAACUUUGCUGUGUACCAGGAAAUAUAAAAACAAAAACUUGCUACUAAAGAAAAUCUCUGAAAUGUGAGACAUUCUUAUGAGCCCGUGUUAAUUUCAUGUGUCAACUUCUACAUUUACGUGUAUUGUUUCAUUCUGUAAAAUGUUUUAGCAAUUUAAUAUUUUGCACAGUUAGCAAGCUUUGUAUGUCAUUUCCUUCUUAAAGGCAUCAUGCAGAGUUGACAGGAGAUUUCUAAGGUUUUAAGUUUGCAUGUGAAUAUCAAAUACACACUUCGGUAGUCUUUGAAUACAAAGUCAUCUGCUCUUGUUUUUCAAGAAUUCUGAGACACAAAGUUGUAUGUAAAGGAACAUAUUAAUUUGCCAUUUUCUAGUUAUAUUUACUCAAAAAGAGUAAAUCAACCUAAUUUUAUUACGUACAAAUGAUAGCUGUGAAACUGUAUAAUAUCCUAUAUCAGGCUUGGAGUUCGUUGUGAACUUCAAAAUUAGCCUGAAGGACCAGCCGGGCAAAGCAUUUUUUAAAUGUUCAGAGGCCAAAAGAUAAAACAAAACAAAAAAACCUUAAAAUCCUACCUCCUUAAACAGCCUUCAAAGAGGAGAAUCCUCAGUGCAAUCAUUAUUUUGAUUCUUUUGGUACCUGUUUUCCUGGAGUUCCCAAUUUUAUUAUUUUGGGGUGGCUCCGAGCAUUAGGUUUAAUCUUUGAUGGCAUUGUUCUAGUUUUGAAAUUUCUAGUACAUUUCAGAGUCUCUUAGAAGAGUUGUGGGAGAUUUUGUUUUGUUUUCAGUGAAAGUCACAAACUUUCUUCUUCCUUUACUCACAAAGGGGAAGAGUCCCCCAGUAUACAUAUUUGAACGGUUUGUUGUUUUUAAGACCUUCAGAGAGCUCCUAGCAUUUAGCAACAGAAAAGGCCUGUGAAAUCUUAAGUUUCCUGGCCUUGUCUCUUCCAGGUAGGAGCAAAUUAAGCUGGUCUCUAAAGCCAAUAUUCAUGUAAACCAGAGCCCAGGAAAGACAGCUCAUAAGUGUUUAAUUCUCUGGAGCUCAAUUCUAUGCAGUUGUACUGAUGUUUCAUUACGUACGUCACUGUGUAUUUUUAAGUGUUGAUACAUUAAAAGUUGCUUUAUGGAAGAUGAGUAAAUUUUUUAAAUACUUGGGAAUUUUAUUUCCAUGUUAACGUCUACAGAUCAGGACAUGCGACCAGAAGCAGCUUAAAUGAAAUACUCAAAAAGUAAAAUAUCAGGAAGCUAUUUUUAGAUUCUUCUGGUUUAUGUUUCUAUUUUAGGACCCUUAUUAUUUUUCUUACUCAAAAAUAUUUUAUUUCCUGUACAUCUGUGGACUGCAGGGUAAAUUAUUUGGGCAUAAGUAAUUUAAGCAAAAGUAUAGUUUUUCUUUCAUUUUGACUUUCUCAAGUAACACUUUUUAUUAGCCAGUAUAUUUUCUUAUUGCACAAAUCUUAAAGUGUACAUUAACUACUUUUUGAGAAGAAAGUGGUAUUUCUCAAAAAAGUUACUACUGAACAAAUUGACGUUUCAGGAACAUUGAUAACUUUUGUUUAAAUCUUACUCCUAGUGUUAAAAUCAUUAAAAGAUUUUUUAGUCUAAAAAUAAUACUGGUAUUAGUAUCAGGUAAGGAAAUUAAAGUUUUGAAAACAGUUUCAUUCUCUGCAAUAUGCAUUCAGAUUUUACUAUAAAAUACAUCUGGUACUGUAAAGAACCUGAAGUGAUUCACACUUAAUGGGUCGUUAAUCCAGUAUUCUUUGCCCUGACUGUUUGGAUAUUAAAGUUCCUUUAUGUUUUCUAUAACCUG